GUCAGUUAGUUUAUUUGCCAGCAUCAGACAUGGCGGAGGAUAGUUACGAAUACGAGCGCAUGAGGGCCGAGCUUCUUGGUAUAGAGCCGCCGGACAAGGCGGAGUUCGAACGGGCCAGAAGUGCGCGUCUGGAGGCGGAGCAGGCCGAGCUGGAUGCUGCCGAGGCAGCGAUACUGGAGAAGCAGGACGAGUCGUUGCGCUGGAGUGGCGGCAAAGUGGACGAACUGAGCAGCAUUUUGUCGUCGACGCAACAGAAACUGAAUCGCUUCAAGCAAACGGCCUGCGGCAGUCUGAGCAACAUUUUCAGUCGCGGCUCCGUCGACAUCCAGGAGGGGUCUGAGCUGACGGCCAGUACGUCCCAAGCGGCUGCCAGCGCUGUUCAGCCCGCUGCUGAACCGGAGACAAAUCAUGAGGAGCUGCUGCCAGGCGAGAUCCAGCCGGCGAUUCCCACGGAGAAGAUACGAGCGGCCAAGGCAGAGGCGCACAGAAAGGUCACCUCGCAGCUGGACAAACUGGAUGCGAUCAUUAAUAAAACGGACAACGCCCAUAUCGCCAUGACUGAGCAGGUCAACCAGAUGAAGCGGAUGGCCAAGUGAGUGGCCCCCAACUGUAAGGGAAA